AGUCCUUUUCCAAUAGAUUGUCCUUUUUUGCUGUCGUCACUGAAAGCACUGUUCGCCUCGCCUUUCUUUGCAACGCGAGCCAGAGAUAAGUCAAGAAACGAGAGCAUCGUUUCCGGACAACCCUGAGAUGAUGAAGAUUCUGAUUCUGAUCUUUUCCCUUGUCUUUGCUUCUGCUGCUGCCGAAGCUUUCGCCGAGGAAUACAGGGGCAAGACAGAGCUCCAUCAGGACGUCCUCAAAUACGUGUUGAAGUAUGGACUCGGAGGCGUGGAGAGAAAGCGCAAGGCGAGAGCAGGUUUGUGUGAGAAGCCUGAGACCCCCUCCUGUGAAGACUAUUUCGGUGAUGCAGAUCCUUCAUGCUUUGGAGAUAGAACUUCCUGUGAAAUUAAUGACUUAGGAAAAUGCAAACUGUGGUGGCAAGACAGCUGCAAAUGCGACUUUAUUGAGUGGAAUCGCUGUGGGGAGAGAUCUAACACGUUCUGCUGCAUUGAGUGUAGGAAUGACAUCGCCUCCGAGUGCACGCGCCAAGGGGGCGAAUGCCGGAAGACGUGCGCCAGGUUCCAUCAGGCCGUCAACACCACGUGCACCAGUCCUUCGUGUAGUUGCUGUUCCAAGUGCGAGAGCGUCUCCUGCGAACAGGCUAAAGACGGCAGCAUGUGUGUCACGGACGCUUCUUACUGCCUGCAUGGUUACUACGCGGACCCUGACAGCUGCAGCGGUGACUGUGUCUGCUGCAAGCCAUGUUUAGCCAGUCAACAGUGCAUGGAGGCCCACGGCUAUCCCGAGAACGUGAAAUUCGAUUGCAGGCCGGGAUAUCUUGCUACCGAUGUCUCCGGUUCUUGCAAGUGUUGCAAACCAGAGGACCAAGCACCUUGCCACAGGAACGGGGAGAGAAAUAUGAGUCCAGCGGACUUCUGCGUCCCUGAGAAAUGUCCCCCGAAUUACUAUGAGUAUGAGACAGGGUGCAGCUCCAACGCUGGUCGGGAAUGCCGAUGCUGUGAGGCUGGAGGCUGGCAAAGGUGCCUUAAGGGAAAGAGCUGCUCAGAUAACGACGGAUGCUGCUCUUCAUCUGAGUGUCCUUGCUCGGGUUAUCACAACGUCACAGAAGGUUGCACCAGUCGGGAUGAUGUUGCUUGCACUUGCUGCCUGCACGAGUGCAAGCUGACGCGUUAAAGGAUUAUUUCUGAGAUCAAUUCCAGGAACUGUCAUCAUUAGUAUCAGGGCUGCAAAGUAUUUCUGCAUCUAGAAUGUAUCAUAUUUCUUUUCCCUCGAUGAGUGACAUAAGUCAUAUAAGACUUGUGAUAAAAACUUGAAACUCCUUCUAAUAAAAGAACACAUAUGUGAGAGAAGAAAUAAA